GGUGGCUCGAAGAUGGAAUAGCUCGAACGGCGGGCGGCUCGGAAAGUGUCACGGUCCGGAAAGUGUGCGAUCGACGGACGGCAGCGACCUACGAUCAGCAGUGCAGGAUUCGAUCAGCAAAAGGGCCGUGAAAGAAGUGGUUUUUCGUGAUCGCAGGUGCCAUUACGUUGCUGCCGCACCGUACUAGAGAGAGAAGUGAUCAGUGUGCACAAAAAAAGAAUAAUCAAAUCAAUCAGAAAGCAACGCUUAUCACGUGCCUGUGUGUGUCCAGUAAUGAUCCAUUUGUGCGCCUACAGCUGUGAAAAGAACUACCGGCAGAUCACUCACUCUCGCGACUCCGCUGCUCCGGAGCACGAACGAACCUGCAGCGCACUGAAUGAGCAUUCCGCCUUCAGGCCACACCAUUCCCCAGCCAGCGAGUGUCCAUAGGCCACCAACAAUCGACCAGCAGCAGCAACCAUGGCCGAAUUUCUGCCCCUCUGUGAUGUGCUGUUCAACGUGAUCUCGCUGGCCGGCUACUUCUGUGACGUCGUGUUCGAUGUGGUCCUCGGUUAUGCUCUCUACGAGCGCCAAAAGUUUGCCUACUUUACCGCCGUCAUAGUGAUCGUCUCGUUCUCGCUCGUCAUCUCACAGAUCGUAUCCAUCCGCUGGUAUCUGAAUAAAAGAAAGAUCCGGAAUGCAACAGCAUCGACCGCAGGGCCACCGGGUACCACCGAUGACACACCAGGUGGCGGCACCCCGGGCGCUAACAGUCUCGAGAAGAAAAAGAAAAAGACGAACGGUGGUCUUGGAUUGGCUGGGACCGGGAGCGAUCGAUCAGCCCAGUACAGCCGGUACAUUGUGGUGGCACUGCACGUGACGCAGUUGGGCGUACUGUGGCGCUACGCCAAGCUGUUCGUUCCAGUCGAUCUGCGGCACGUGAAGCACGAGGUGCGCGAUCUUUGCAUGCUACGGUUGGUCCACGCUUUCUGCGAGGCUGCUCCGAUGCUACUCCUCCAGUUGUACGUACUGGUGAACCUGCAGAGCGAAGCGCAGCUCAGUGCCCUGAAACUGAAGACACUCGGUCACCAUCAUCUACUGCCGGCCGGUGCCAGUGCUACGACGGCACUCGUGCAGCAGACGAACCUUGUGGAGCAGCAGCAGAAAACGUUUCGCGAUCUUAACAUGGUAUCGGCUACGUUAUCGCUGUUCAGCGUUUGUUGGGCUCUGGCCAGCUUUAGCAAGAAUGUGCGACUGCAGAACGUCCAUCGGCUGGUGCUGACGUGGCUCGGUGUGAUCUUUCAGUUCCUGUGGCGGCUCGGUACGGUCAUAUCGCGCGUCAUCUCGCUUACUGUGUACGCCUCCGUGUACAGCCAUUGGGUUUUUCUCGUGAUCAUACUCCACUGGUUCUCGAUGUUUCUGUGGUUGAUCUCGCCGAAAAAUGUGUUCCAUGGGGAGCGCAUCUCGCGCCUCAAGAAGACAACCCUGGGCGGUCUGAUAGCGUUCGUGUACAUCUUCGCCUACAUCAAUCUGCAGGAAGUGCGCCAUCGGCAGAAAAUGCUCACCUUCUACAUAGUAAUGUUCAUGGAGAACUGUCUACUGGUUUGCCUGUGGAUGGUUGGUGUGUGGCCUAACCGACCGGACGGCUGGUACAUGAUACCGGUGUCGGUACUGUGUAGCUUCGCGGCCGGUCUCUUCUUUAUGGUCGUCUACUAUCGGUAUUUCCACGUGCGUCGACUUGGCUACGAGGCGGGUGGUCGUUUGGCUGAAAAGUGUUCCGCUCAUUGCCCAGACGGAUGCCGUUGUCCGAUCAGUCAUGAUGUGAACGGACUUGACGGUGCGGCUGGUGGCGCAAAUGGUGCUGGUGUUGGUGUUGUUGGUGGAAAACUGGCGAAUGGUGGCAUUGGAAACUGUGGAGUAGGUGGUCAAAAGUAUCCUCACGCCAUUCCGGGUGUGUUCAACUGCCGGUUCUCGAACCCGGUCAAUGCGGCCACCAAGAGGAAGAAGAAGAAACCGACCACCUUUGUACCGCCACCGAAUCUGGGUGUCACGUCAGCGAACGGUGUUGCCGGUGGUACUGCGGGUAGUGCCAUCGAUCAGUACAAUUUGAACCACCAGCAUCACCAUCAGCAACAGCAGCAGCAGCAGCAACAGCACCAUCAGCAGCAGCAGCAGCAACAUCAACAGCAGCAGCAUUUGUUGCAUCAACAAUUUCAACAGCAUCAGCAACAGCAACAGAUGCAACAUCAGCAUCAUCAGCAACAGCAACACCAGCCACAGCUCAGCACCAGCAACAGCAACAGUACGCACUCGAUGGGCCCAAUGGCAAUCCCGUUCUGGCGUCGGCCACUGCCCCGUUCUCACACCGGUGGCUCGAGCGAGAACGAGGGCAGUAGCGUUGGUUCGCGUGUCAACAUCCAGCAGAAACUGCUGGAGAAGAAGCAAAAACAGCUAGCUGAACUGAAGAUCAUCGAGGAAGAGAUCAAGCAGGGUAAGCUCGGUGGCCCUGGGGCCGGUGCAA